UUCAAGGCAGUGGGCGGCGCGCGCACUGUCCGUCUCCUUAAUGCGAUAUACGUGAAGAGCGCGCGAGUCCGCAACCGUCCAACGAACCAACCAACCAGGCGGCGCGCGAGCCCGCUCUCCUUAAACCAACCCAGCAGAACCAAGCCGAGCUGAGCCAGUCUGUAUCGAGUCCGUCCCACACAGAAGAGGACGGGCUCAACGAUGACCUCUUAGCGCAUCCGAUAAUUUUUUAUUUUUUUAUUUUUAUUUUUUAAACAAACGGAAAACAUUUUUUUUCUUUUCCUCCCGGCUUUUUACGUUGAGCUCGUCGACACCAUGUACUCAACGGCUCCGAGAACCGAUGUUGGCAUCUGCCAGCUGCUUCUAAUCAGCCACAUAGUUCUGGCAGUGGAGCCGCCGGCCCAAGGCCUGGAGAAACUCCCAGAAGAAAUGAACUGGUCCUACUCAGGUAGCCUGAACCAGCAGAACUGGGGGAAGAGUUACCCAUCUUGUAAUGGCGCCCGGCAGUCUCCCGUGGACAUCGACGAGAUGUUUACCCAGGUCAGGAUGCAGUUCCAGAACCUGCAGCUAGAGGGCUGGCACAUACCCACAUCGGAGUCCACCACCAUCCAAAACAAUGGGAAAACUGUGGUCAUCAACCUGGGAGGGGACUUCUUUGUAAGUGGAGGAGGGCUGAGUUCAAGGUUUCGUGUAUCCAGACUCAGCUUCCAUUGGGGGCGCUGCAAUGCAACGUCAGAUGGGUCUGAACACAGCCUGAACGGGAUGAAAUACCCUCUGGAGGUGCAGAUUUACUGUUACAAUCCCAAUGAAUUUCAAAGUUUAGACGACGCGAUGGAGAAUGGAGGAAGGGUGGCUGCCUUGGCCGUUCUCUUUGAGGUGAGCCUGGAGGACAAUGGAAACUUCAGUCCUAUAGUGGAAGCAGUCAGUGGUGUGAGCAGAUAUGGUAAGAGUGGAUCAGUGGACGCUAUCACCUUGAGCUCCCUCCUGCCCAACGUCACCGAUAAGUACUACAUCUACAACGGCUCGCUGACCACUCCUCCCUGCUCUGAAUCUGUAGAAUGGAUCGUCUUUAAACACACGGCGCACAUAUCAGAAGCACAGCUGGAGGUGUUUUGCGAGGUGAUGACCAUGGAGCAGGCCGGGUUUGUGAUGCUCACGGAUUACCUGCAGAACAACUUCAGGGAGCAGCAGCAGCAGUUUAUGGGCCAGGUGUUUGCCUCCUACACUGGAGUGGAGGACGUACCCACACCCACAUGCAGCUCAGAGCCACAAAACGUCCAGGCCGACGCUCAGAACGACACCACCAUCGUGGUGACGUGGGAGCGCCCCCGCGCGGUGUUCGACACCACCAUCGACUGGUACACCGUCACCUACCAGAGGCUUCAGGGCAGGGAUCAGAACAAACAGGAGUACAGGACCGACGGAGACCAAGAUGUGGGUGCCAUUAUCUCCAGCCUGCUAGCUAAUAGCAGCUACGUGGUUCAGGUGGUAGCUAUUUGCAACAACGGGCUCAAAGGACGCUGGAGUGAUCAGAUUAUAGUCGACAUGCCGUUAGAAGAACUCGAAAGUGAUUCCAGCCCCGACACGGUGACAAAGGAGGCUGACAGCCACAGGGAGGGAUCAACUGUAACUGGACCGAAGAGGCCAGACAACCAGAAUCACCUGGACGUGGCUUCAGAAGACCACAGUCCAGUGGAGGAGGUCCCCGCUGACCAGACAAGAGUCUACCAGAACCAACCUACCCAACAUCAGAAAAAACCCACAGAUCAAACCCAAAUAAACCAACACACUCCGGUCCAGACCGGCAGACAGUUAACGCCAAAGACGCCGUCCAAGUCCGUCAACCUACAAGAAGCUCUGCCGGACGAGAACAUGAGAGGGAAAGCAAGCUCAAACAGGUUGAUCCCUCAUGGUAGCAACCAGAACUGGAUAGAGGAUGAUCAGCUGAUCCCAGCGAACUCACCUUUCACAAGUCCAAGUUUUGACAGCACCAGUGCUAUUUGGGUUAACCGGAUAACUGAGGAGCCAGGCCUUUUGUUUCCAGUUGCUCGGACAACGGUGUCACCUGCAAUUCGUCGGCAAAUCACAGAAGAGGCGUCGUUGUCAAUCCUGUCACCUCAGCAAUUGGAUCCUGAUCUACCAGAACAGGCUAGUGAAAAUCCCCCCACUAAGUCUGAACUGUUCACCCACCCAGAGGAGGACAUUAAGGUCACAGAUGUCUUCUAUGAAGACACAGUCACCGGCUCUCCACUAGGAGUCAUCACCUACCCUCCAACAGGAUCUCCUUCUGUGGUUCCAGGUAACAAAGUGCACGAAGACUCGACGAUGAACCCCGAAGAGAGUGGAGCCGCUGUAAGCGAACCUCUGCAAACAUCCUUUACCUCAGAUUCAGCCAGCCCAACGUCAGAGUGGAUAACAGAAAACACGGCAACAGGGGGAAACACUCUGUCCGACUCCUUCUAUAAAUCCUUCACCACCUCCUCUUUGCUCAGAGGGCUGAUGCACACCACUCAGCCCCUGUUCAAUGAGGGCAGCAACAGCAGCCAUGAGUCUCGGGUGGGGCUGGUUGAAGGCGUGGAGAAGGACAAGAGGACAGUCGUUCCUCUGGCUGUCGUCUCCACUCUCACCACUCUCUGUCUGCUGGUGCUAGUGGGUAUACUCAUCUACUGGAGAAACUGUUUCCAGGCAGCCAAUUUCUACCCGGAUGACCCCGCAUCACCUAAAGUCCUGUCUGCUCCCUCCACGCCCCUGCUGCUUUCCACAGAUUGCCACGAGCCGCUGACGGUGAAGCAGUUUGUGAAGCAUGUCCUGGAGCUCCACAGCACCAAUACCUUCUCCAGGGAGUUUGAGAUUGUGAAAGAGUCGUAUGAGGAGGUGCAGGCGUGUACAGUCGAUAUGGGCAUCACCGCCGACAGCUCAAAUCACCCCGACAACAAAAACAAGAACCGCUACAUUAACAUCCUGGCCUACGACCACAGCAGAGUAAAGCUCUCCAACAGUUUGGACAGAAAUGGGAAGUGUGGGGACUACAUCAACGCUAACUUUGUCGAUGGUUACGAGCGAACGAGGGCCUACAUCGCGGCUCAGGGGCCACUGAAAGCCAGCCGGGAGGACUUCUGGAGGAUGAUCUGGCAGCAGAACGUUGGAGUUAUUGUCAUGAUCACCAAUCUGAAGGAGAAAGGACGCACAAAAUGUGACCAGUACUGGCCGGAAGAGAACCAGGAGGAGUACGGCGCUUACCAGGUGGCUCUGAGAAGCACCAAGACUCUAGCGUACUACACACUCCGGACAUUCACAGUCAGGGAUACAGCUAAUAAGGUGCCACAGAAGAGAGUGGAGCACACGGUCCUGCAUUACCACUACACCCAGUGGCCGGACAUGGGCGUCCCAGAGUACACUCUGCCUCUGCUGUCCUUCAUCAGGGCGUCGUCUCGGGCCCGGACGCAAGAGAUGGGACCCGUCCUGGUUCACUGCAGCGCUGGCGUAGGAAGAACAGGAACCUACAUAGUGAUAGACAGCAUGCUGCAGCAGAUCCAAGAUCAGGGAAUGGUAAACGUACUGGGCUUCCUAAAACACGUCCGGACACAGAGGAACUUCCUGGUUCAGACGGAGGAGCAGUACGUGUUCAUCCAUGACACUCUGGUGGAGGCCAUCCUAAGUCGGGACACGUCAGUCACCUCUGACCUUCUCCACAAUUACGUCUCUGACCUCCUGAUCCCAAGUGCCACAGGGAGAACGCGCAUGGAUAAACAGUUCAAGCUGAUAAGUCAGCGCCAGGCAAAGUACGCAGACUACAGCACUGCCCUGAAGGAUGGCAAUGCUGAGAGGAACAGAGCAAGAGCGCUGAUGCCUGUGGAGAGAUCAAGAGUCUCUCUGGGGGCCUCAGAAUCCAACUCCACUGGCUACAUCAAUGCCUCCUAUGUAACGGGACACCACUGCUGUAAAGAUUUCAUAGUGAGUCAAACUCCUCUCAGCAGCACUGUGGAGGAUUUCUGGAGAAUGAUCUGGGAGCACAACACACACACAGUUAUCUGUCUGCCGGACACAAACAAUCAGAAUGAAAAGAGGGACUGCUGUGUCCACUGGCCUAGUAAAGACCUGCCACUGAGAUUUGAUACAUUCACUGUGUCUCACACGGGGGAGGAGCUUGUACAUCUGACCAAUGAUGAGAGGGUUUUUGUGCAGGAUUUUACAAUGCAGUCUUCUCAGAACGAUUGCAUCUUACUUGUACGUCAGUACAGCACCCCCUGCUGGCCUAACCCAGACAGUCCCAUCAGAAACAGCUUCGACCUCAUCAGCAUCGUCAGAGAGCGCAGCAGACACUCACAGGAACCCGUAGUCGUUCACGAUCCGUUGGGAGGAGCUACGUCGGGGCUGUUCUGUGCCCUCAGCACCCUGUUCAGCCAGCUGGAGGAGGAGGGAGCCGUGGAUGUCUACAUGGUGGCACGGAUGACCAACCUCAUGAGACCUGGGGUUUUCAAUGACAUUGAGCAGUAUCAGUAUCUGUACCGAGCCAUGCUGAGCCUGGUGAGCAGCCAGGAGGACCAGAGAGCCCUGCAGAGCCCGGAGACGAACGGGUCGGUACCGCUGGGCCAGUCCAACGCCACAGAGAGCCUGGAGUCGCUCAUGUAGCCCCGCCCAAACUCCCACAUGCUGGGAUGUUAUGCCUGGGCCGUUCAUGACUGUGGAAAGUGAGCAACAUAACGCUUUAAUGUCCACUUGGUCAAAUUUAACAAUUUAUUGUAAUAUUCUUCAGCUGUCUUUCAAAAGCAGUAAAGCUCAUCACAGGGAGAUUGAAAUACAGCAACACCUACAAAGCUGUUUGCUAUUUAAAGUGCUCAUUUAUUAAAAUCUUUUAUUUUUACAUAUUUCAUCAUCUAAAAUAUUGUCGGAACACUGCAGUUCAUCAUCUGAUGAGCAUCCCACGUUUCCCCAAGCACCAAUGGGAAGUGAUGACUUUACUGAUUUUGUUGUUGACUUUAACCCUAAAGUUUCUAUUAAUAAUCAUGGAUAAUAAAUUGAUAGGUUGAAAUGUUUAUAUGUUGGUUAUGCUUAUGCCUUGAAAGCAACAGAAAAAAAAGUCAUCCCAUGUGGCAGAUAAAAUACAAAAG